GUUCCUUAUCUACCUCCGCUUGAGCUUGUCCAAGCUCUUCAGCAAAACACACAAAGGCUACACCCCAUUGACAGACUCUUGAAUAACACAGCAAAAGAUGCCUUUACCUUCCUCAUCACCUUCCUCUUCCCAGAAUACGAAGCGCAAGCAAUCGACACUCGCCAGCUUCUUCACCAAGAAGUCACAGCCCCUCCAACCUGGGUCGGUCAACGGCGUCGAUAGACAGACGAAGCUCGCGGAAACUGGCUCAGAGGAAACGACAGCCCCCGAAAAACAGCGGAAUCAGCAGGAUGAUUUGACACGGGACAAGAAAAAGGAAGACGAAGACGACGAUGACAUAGUCGCACCGGCUCCAAAACGAAGCAAAUUGAACGGCUCCCGCUCCCAGGAAAACGGUUCGAGGACAGGCUCCUCCGCUACUGAAAAACAUAUACCAUUGUCGCAGAGCAGCCAGCGGACGGAUCUUUCUAGAUUCGCUAGCUCACCCGCCGCUGGACCUGGGACCCAGAGACACCAGGAACCGGAGCCCACCGAAGCGAAACAGAGGCGAAGGGAAUUGGAGGAUGUGCAUCAGAAAUUUGUGCGCAGGCUGGGCGGCGCAGAUUGCUUGAUAGGCAUCAACAGGCACGCUACUGGUGCAACUGAUGUCGUGUCUAUUGAGGACGCCGCUGAAGGGGAAGAAGACGAGGAUCUGGCGCCCGCUCCUCCUCCUCCUAAGGGCAAAUCUGCUGGCAAGAAGGGGACCAGUAAGCUUACGCCGAUGGAGAGACAAGUCAUUGACAUCAAAUGCAAACAUAAAGAUGCGGUUUUGGUUGUGGAGGUCGGCUACAAGUUCCGGUUCUUUGGUGAGGAUGCAAGGGUCGCAGCCAAGGAGUUGUCGAUUGUCUGUAUCCCAGGAAAGCUGCGCUUCGAUGAACAUCCUUCAGAGGCACACCUCGAUCGAUUUGCAUCUGCCAGCAUACCGGUCCAUCGACUACAUGUGCAUGUAAAACGCUUGAUUGCUGCCGGCCACAAGGUUGGCAUCGUAAGACAGAUCGAAACGGCUGCUCUGAAAGCAGCGGGCGACAACCGGAACGCACCAUUUGAACGCAAACUCACAAGCUUGUACACGAAAGGUACAUAUAUCGACGAUGUUGACGGCUUGGAAGGGCCUGCAGCAUCUGGCGGCGUGUCUCCAGCAACAGGAUACUUGCUUUGCAUCACUGAGACGAAUGGGAAAGGAUGGGGCAAUGACGAGAAGGUCCAGGUCGGCAUUGUCGCUGUGCAGCCUGCCACAGGGGACAUAAUCUAUGAUGAUUUCGAAGAUGGUUUUAUGAGGACCGAGAUUGAAACCAGGUUACUUCAUAUUGCACCUUGCGAAGUGUUGAUUGUGGGAGAACUUUCCAGAGCUACGGAGAAGCUGGUUAAGCAUCUCUCGGGCAGCAAAUUGAAUGUAUUCGGUGAUAAGACUCGUGUGGAGCGCGCUCCCAAGUCGAAAACUGCCGCCGCCGAGUCUCACAGUCAUGUUUCGAGUUUUUAUGCUGGAAAGAUGAAGGCAGCCAGUGCUGAAGACGAUGCGCAGGCGAGUAGCCUUCUUCAAAAGGUGGUGAAUUUACCUGAGCAGACAACCAUCUGCCUUUCCGCCAUGAUAACGCAUUUGCAAGAGUAUGGCUUGGAGUAUGUUUUCCAGUUGACCAAAUAUUUCCAGCAUUUCUCUUCGCGAUCACAUAUGCUUCUUAAUGGGAAUACCCUUAUGAGUCUUGAGAUUUACCAAAACCAGACCGAUCACACUACCAAAGGCAGUCUCUUCUGGACUCUUGAUCGCACACAGACUCGGUUUGGGCAAAGACUGCUUCGGAAGUGGGUCGGACGCCCUUUGCUGGAUAAGACGGCUCUUGAAGCGAGGGUCAAUGCCGUUGAAGAGUUGCAAAGCCCGGAAAAAACUAUCAUGGUCGAGCAACUAAAAACUUUGUUUGCUAAGAUCAAGACUGAUCUGGAGAAGAGCCUCAUUAGGAUUUACUAUGGGAAGUGCACCAGGCCCGAGCUCCUUACUGUGCUCCAAACCAUGCAAAUGAUUGCGCAGGAGUUCGCAGAUAUCAAGAGCGCUGCGGAUGCUGGAUUUGAGUCUCCUGAAAUAGGCGAAGCUAUAGCCUCUCUCCCCACAAUCCUGAAUGAUGUUGUGUCUUUUUUGGAUAAGAUCAAUAUGCACGCCGCAAGGAAUGAUGACAAGUAUGCCUUCUUCCGAGAAGCCGAAGAAACCGAAGACAUCAGUGACCACAAGCUGGGGAUUGCAAGCGUUGAGCAUGACCUACAGGAACACCGCAACGUUGCCGGUGAAAAGCUCGGGAAAAAAUCAGUGGAGUAUAAGUCCGUUGCGGGCAUUGACUAUCUAAUCGAAGUUGAUAAUAGCUCGCCAUUCAUCAAAAAAGUACCAGCGUCCUGGGCGAAGAUCAGCGGUACUAAAAAAGUGUCGAGAUUCCACACGCCCGAGGUUAUUCAGCUCAUCCGACAACGAGACCAGCACAAAGAGGCGCUGGCUGCGGCUUGCGAUAGAGCCUUUCGUGCCCUUCUUGCUGACAUAGCCGCUAAAUAUCAAGCUUUCCGUGAUUGUGUACAAGCAUUAGCCACACUGGACUGCUUGAUAUCCUUAGCUACUAUCGCGGGUCAGCCUGGAUAUGUGAAGCCUCAAUAUACGGAUAGCACAUGCAUCAGUGUCGAGCAAGGCCGCCAUCCUAUGGUUGAGCAAUUGCUGCUGGACAGCUACGUGCCAAAUGACAUUAAUCUGGAGAGUGACAAGACCCGCGCACUUCUAGUCACUGGUCCCAACAUGGGCGGUAAGUCUAGCUAUGUGCGACAAGUCGCCCUUAUCGCCAUCAUGGGCCAGAUUGGCUCCUAUGUGCCUGCGCAGUCCGCAACGCUCGGCAUGUUAGACGCUGUGUUCACCCGCAUGGGCGCGUUUGACAAUAUGCUGGCAGGAGAGUCCACCUUCAUGGUUGAGCUCUCUGAAACAGCGGAUAUACUCAAGCAGGCAACGCCACGCUCGCUCGUCAUACUGGAUGAGCUAGGCCGGGGCACUUCCACCCAUGACGGUGUCGCAAUUGCCCAAGCGGUCCUGGACUAUAUGGUUCGUUCUAUCAAAAGCCUCACCCUGUUCAUCACACACUACCAGCACCUCUCAUCACUGGUACACUCGUUUCCCGACAAUGAACUACGAAACGUGCACAUGCACUUCACCGAAUCGGGGACCGGUCAGGAUGAAGAGAUCACAUUCCUGUAUGAGGUGCGCGAAGGAGUGGCGCAUCGCAGUUAUGGACUCAACGUGGCGCGAUUGGCAAACCUUCCAGGUCCGCUCCUACAGCAAGCGCGCCAGAAGAGUAAAGAGCUCGAGGAGAGAAUCCGUCGCCGGAGAUUGGCAGGCCUUGUUUCGGCAAUUGGAAAGGCUGUAGGGGAUUCUACGAGCGGGGACGAUGACGGAUUGAUGGAUCGACUUAUCAGCAGCGCAGAGCAGCUGUAGAUGUUCUUCAACUCGCAACGCAACAAUGCUUUGGAUGUUUGCAUAUCACGUUCGAUGCAAGGUACCUGAAAAUAAAGGCAUGAUGGCCACUAUGUAUAGACCUGACAAUACUCCAUAUUAUGUCAUUACGGUACCUUAUCAAGUCCCCUGCUUCGCAGCGAAUUUACAGGUUGCUUUCCGGAAGUUGCACAUCCAUAUAGCCAGCCACCUGAGAUAGGUCUACUAGACAAGCAAGCGUGUAGCAAUUCUAUGAGAUUGCGCCCAAGCCUAUCUUGACUAUGCAGCUUUACCAAUCCCUGCAGUCCUU